UUAAACGGGACGCUACUGUGCGAUCAGUAAGGACAGUUUUUUUUUACUAUAAAUUUUUACCAUAUAAUUUUAUAAAAAAAAAAAUUAUUUUCGAAAUAGAAGUUCCCAAAUUAUCAACGGUUGAUUAAUUUUGAUGAUUUUUUUUAAUAGAAAGUUUCACUUCCUGAUUUAGGCGGGGGUUUUUUUGUGGGGAAAAAUAAUUUAAAAUUUAUUUGGAAUUAUAUUUUGUUUUAUAUCAUGAGUCAAAUUCUUUUUGAGCUAGGCUAUGUUUAAUAAAACAAAAUGGAAGCAGUGGUGUUUGAUGGCAAAACUCUAUCUCUCAAAUAUGAGAAAAAAUACCCAUUACCUAAGUUAAUCAACGACACAGAUGUCAUCGUCAAGGUAGCGUACUCUGGUGUGUGCGGGACAGAUCUACAUAUCAUUCAGGGCGAGUUCCCAGCAUCAAAGGAGCGACCGCUGCCACUUGGUCACGAGUUCAGCGGUGAAGUUUACGAAGCAGGCAAGGCGUCCAUCUUCAAGAAAGGGCAGAAGGUCGUGGUUGACCCUAACAGAGCCUGUGGACUAUGCGGAUUCUGUCGGGGCGCGAACUACCAGUAUUGUCUGACUGCUGGUAUAAACAGUACCAUAGGAAUAUGGCAAGACGGAGGCUGGGCACAGUACGUGCGAGCGCCACAGGAUCAGGUGUUCGCGUUACCUGAUGGUAUCACCUUGGAACAGGCUGGACUCUGCGAGCCGUACUCGUGCGUGUCCCAUGGCUUCGACCGCGCUGCACCUCUGUCUGUUGGACAGAAGAUAUUAAUCGUUGGUGCAGGUAUUAUCGGGAAUCUAUGGGUGACAACUCUUCACCAUCACGGCCACAGGGACGUCACUGUUUCCGAAAUGAACAAAUCCAGACUGGAAAUCGUGAAGAGACUAGAAACUGGAUUCAGACUAGUCACACCUGAUGUUUUGGCUUCAGAGAAGAUACAAUACGAUGUUAUUAUUGACUGCACAGGCGUGGGUAAAGUGAUGGAGAUCAGCUUUAAUUAUCUCACUCCAGGCGGGAAAUAUGUACUGUUUGGGUGCUGUCCACCCACUCAUCAGGCGUCGGUGAAUCCAUUCCAGAUAUACGAUAAGGAACUGACGCUGAUCGGUGUAAAAAUUAACCCAUUUAGUUUCCCGAAGGCCAUCGGAUGGCUCAGUGCCAUGGGUAACAGGUAUCUCGACUAUCAUAAAUUAGGAGUGAAGACAUACGCUCUAUCAGAGUACCGGAACGCGUUGGACGAUCUGAAAGUUGGAAAUAUUGCAAAGGCUGUGUUCAAAAUCAAUUAAAUUUUCUAUUCAAUCUGUAUAAUAAAUAUUUAUACUUACAAUAUUUAUACAUAAAUUGUUUUAUGUAAACUA